UCUUGAGCGCCUCCACCUUAAAAAAACCUCUUCUCCUCAUCAUUUAAUCAGGUCUGUAGAGUUACAGAAACAUGGAGAAAUCUAUUUCAGUAGCAAGGAAAAGAAAGUUUGUGCAACUGGAUACUAGAUCUUACUCAUUUCAUGUAGUGUUACCGAAUGGAGUGAGCGUUAUUGUUAAGUUAGAAAGGUCAAGAGAUGCAGUAGUAUCAGUCCAAGAAUUCAAGACUCUGGUGAGAGCAGAGAAUGAGUAUGUGAGAAAAAGCAUGGGUGUCACUUCUGUGAAGAAUAGAAGAAAGAUCUUCUGGUGCAGCCCAAAUCUGUGUUUCAAAUAUCAUGGUCUGAAACUUUUCAAGUUGUUCUUGUGUUUGUUUGAACAUGAGAAAAUGCACAAUUUAAUACUUGAUGAUGGACAGAUAAGUAUUGGGAUGGGGGAUCUGGAAAUUCCAAGGUUUUGCCCUGGCCCUGCUAUUCAAGGGCGUCUUGGGACUGUCAUUUUAGGACUGCCUUUAAGUAGAGGAAGAAUAGCAUUUGGAUCAGACACUCGCUGCACUUACAAAAAUGGCUCAUUGGUGGUGCUGGACUCAUGGGUCGAAUAUCAAAGCCCCAAGCUGCUCGGGGUGGAUGCAAAUUGUUCAAUGGCUACUUGUGGUGACGAGACAUACAACUUGAAGGUGCACCGGCAGGUGGCCAAUAAGGCAAUGACCGAAAUGCGUACAGCAGACGGAUUAGCAAAUCUAGUCGAGGAAACCAUGCGCACAUACUACCGUAAAUCCAUCAAUUCAGGGAUUUUCUUAGGUGUCAUCGAGGAUGGCAAAACAAGAUUUUUUCAUCACAAGACAUACUCGGGACAUCCAAAUUUGUUGACGCAAUGCGGAAAUGUGAUGGGUUUAUGGAAAUGAAUUUAGGAAGAGAGGUUGGUUAAUUGAAAGGUGAGGCUUAUAUUAAUAUGAAAAUGAAAAUAUUACAAGAGGCUUGUGUAGCAACUUUGGCUUACACUAGUUGGUUACAAAGAGGCACUUUGGUUCUUACUCUAAACUCUAGCUUUCACUCUAACUCUUGUUUACUCACUUGAGUUUUUGAUUGUUGUUAGAUGAUCAUAAAUGAAUCCAUCCUAUGCCUAUUUAUAGGCUUCAUGACCAACUACUUACUUCUCUAGAUAGUUCUAUCUAGACUCUUCUUUACACUCUCAACUUAGAUAUUACAGGAAAAUUUUAGAGAGAAGAAUUCUCUAGAUAAUACUUGAUGUAAAGAAGGCCUAGAAGAUUCUAGUAUUGGGCUUUACUUAGUGUAGAUGAUUAU